GCUGAUCGCCAACAGGCCCACCUACUUGUAUGGAUAUACCUAUGGCUACGGUCGACAAAGACCGCGAGGCUGUCAGCACGGCAUUUCAACGUCGUCCAGCUCCCUCACUCGCGUCUUCGUUGGACUCCUCUGCCCUUGUCUUGACUCUUCGCUCUGCGUUUUCACCAACUUCAUCCUUCUCCUCCAUUUCUCGGCCAUACCACCACCGGCUUUCUUCAACAAUCACCUCAUCAUACCAAAUCAGACUCCAGUCUCAAACCUAAUGAUGAAGCCGGCCGUGCUCGCGAUUCUAGGCGCCUCCGCGGCAGUCGCCUCGGACUCCACCAUCACCCUCGUGGCCCGACAGGCGACGACCGGGCCCUCAUCCGCCUCCAUGUCUUCGCCGCCCUUGACGUCGAUGGAGCCCUCAUUGACACCGACAUCGACGUACCGCGACCCGUGGCAGUGCGCAACGCAGAACCUCUCGCAGUACUUUGACGUGCCCAAGCCCUCGGGCACGCUGAGCGCCGCCAUAGAAGGGUACAUUGACGAGCUCGUAGAGCCCUGCUUCGAGACGGCUACGGGCGCCGACCUGUUCAACUGCCGCGUCACCGAGUCGUCACAGCUCUGCGGCUUCACCACCUACGCGUCCGCGACGGCGAACCCGGCCCUGAUUACGGCUUUUGCGUCGUACGAGAGCGCCGCCGCCUCGUUUUGGCGCAGCAACAGCGAGAGCGUGAGCUCGCUUUCGGUUGAGUGCGCAUCGGCCUGGGACCACUUUGGCGAGCUCAACCACGCCUGGUUGAAUCAGACUAUCGCCUACGCCAGCUGCGUACUGAAGGAUUUGCCUCCCGUCAGCAGCACCACCGGUUCGUCGUCUUCGGGGUCCGGAUCGGCUACCGCCCCUGGCACGGGGGUCACCGGGGCGACGAGCAGCGUGACGAACACGGCUGGGUUGGCGAAGAAGACGGAUUUGUGGAUGCUUGCUGGCACUGGUGUUAUUGUCGGGGCUGCUAAUGCCUUUGCAUGAGAGGUGGACAGUUCAAAUGUUAGAUAUGGUUGAGAUCACUACGUGUUGUGUCUAUUUCUUUAUUUCUACAUCUGUUUUUGUUGGGGUUUUGCAUGUGUCAGAAAAGGACUUGAUCAGACAGAUGCUUAUUAUCCUUCCUCCUUACAUAUUAAGCCAGAACACAUGAAAUUACUCAGGUGUUUGUUGUUUGAUUAUUGUAGGUACUGCAAGCGCUUGGGAAAGCUCGCCCUUUGUGGAUAUCUCUGUACAGAAUUGCCCUUUAGUGUAUGCUAGCUCGUACGCAUCUCUUGAAGUUCACCCCUGCAUCAGGACCCUUUAAUCGCGUAGAGCUUUUGCUGAAAAAGGCAC